AUGGAGAGGCAGAGGAGUCUGAUGGAGAGGGAGAGGCCGCGGUGGUGGUCUUGGCAGAGAUGGGGCCACAGCGCCUGCUACAAAAAAAAAGACAGGAAGAGAAAGAAAAUAAAAGGGCAAGAAAGAGAGAGAGCCGUGGUGUCCAAUCUGCCGUAUGAGGGCUUGGGGAAGGCGAAGCAACCCAACCGCUACUUCCCUGGCAACGCCAUCAAGACCACCAAAUACACCCUCCUCCUCUUCAUCCCCAUGAACCUCUUUGAGCAGUUUCACCGUCUGGCUAACAUCUACUUUGUGGGCCUGGCUAUUCUGAACUUUGUCCCGGUAGUGAACGCCUUCCAGCCCGAGGUAGCUCUGAUCCCAAUCUGUGUCAUCUUCUCUCUGACGGCCCUAAAGGACGCCUGGGAGGACUUCAGGAGGUACCAGUCGGACAGGAAGCUCAACAACACGCCAUGCUUAGUCUACAGCAGGAAGGAAAAAAGGUUCACAGAGAGACGUUGGAAGGAUGUGCGAGUGGGUGAUUUUGUGAAGGUGGUUUGCAAUGAAAUCGUCCCUGCAGACCUGCUGUUGCUGCACACAUCGGACCCCAACGGUGUGUGUCACAUAGAGACAUCCAACCUGGAUGGAGAGACCACCCUGAAGCAAAGGAUGGUGAUGUCUGGCCUCUGCAUUUCAGAUCCUGAAUUUGAACCUGAAAACUUCAACACUGUUGUGGUGUGUGAAAAGCCCAACAACAACCUGAAUCAUUUCAAGUGUUAUGUAGAGAAACCCGAUAAGGACAAGGUGGGCGCUGGAAUAGAGAGUCUGCUGCUGCGAGGCUGCAAAAUGAGAAACACAGACCACGCUGUUGGCAUCGUGGUGUAUGCAGGCCGUGAAACCAAGUCCAUGCUCAACAUCAACAGGCCAAGAUACAAGCGCAGCAAAUUAGAGCGGAAGCUGAACAUAGACGUCAUCUUCUGCGUCAUUCUCCUCUUCAGCAUGUGUCUUGUCGGAGCACUAGGUCACUUCUUAUGGCUGCAGGCGCUGCCCAGUGUGCCCCCUUACCUCGUCCCCGACAGCAACGGUCACCUGGACAGUCCCGGUCUGUCUGGCUUCUACAUGUUCUUCACCAUGAUCAUCCUGCUGCAGAUCCUGAUUCCUAUCUCUCUCUAUGUAUCCAUUGAGCUGGUCAAGAUCGGUCAGAUAUACUUCAUUACCAAUGACAUCGAUCUGCACGAUGACAAGACAGACAGGCGCGUGCAGUGUAAGUCCCUGAACAUCACAGAGGACCUGGGACAGAUUCAAUACAUCUUCUCCGACAAGACGGGGACCCUCACUGAGAACAAGAUGGUGUUUCGCAGAUGCUGCAUCAUGGGCACCGAGUACCCACACAAAGAGAAUGCCAUCCGCCUAGCUGUUCUUGAUGGACCAGACUCAGGGGAGGAGGUCAUCUUCAACCAGCGACCACAACCCCCACAGACUGGAUGGUCCCUGGAUACUGAGGGCGACAACCCUGACGACAUGCAACAUCACCAUGACAACCAAUGCAAGAGCAAGGUCAAGGGAAAUGCCCCGAGCGAUGUGGCCUUCAGCAGUCCGCUGGAAACUGAGGUGAUUCCAGACAGGAAGCUGCUUCAGCAGAUUAGCAGGGCAGGGAGCAGCAGCGGCAGCUGGAAGACAGAUCCUUACCUGGACUUUUUUCUGGGUCUCGCCAUUUGCAACACGGUGAUGGUUUCCAUGGCAACAGCUCAGAGACAGAGGGUGAGUGAGUUUUCGCACUCUGGUCAGGCAAACAACUCACUGAAUACUUUGUCCAACUUGGUGAAAUCUCCUGUCUCUCUUCGCCAUAUUUUCACCAAGCCCAAGAAAAAUCGCACCAUAUUAGAGGACUCAGUUGUAGAGGAGGAACAUUUUAACCCCCCUGUAAAAAAAGAGGAGUCUGGAGACACCAAUGGGCUCCAAAUGUGUACGCUUCAUGCUCCAUCCGACACGACUGCAACGACCCCAGAUCAUCUGAGCUAUGAGGCAGAGAGUCCAGAUGAGGCAGCCCUGGUGUACGCAGCCAAGGCAUAUGGCUUCACCCUGCUGGACCGCACCCCUCACAGUGUGACGGUGAGGCUCCCGUCUGGGGACAACCUGGUCUUUGAGGUGCUGGACACCUUGACCUUUGACGCCAACAGGAAGAGAAUGUCUGUUUUGGUGCGACACCCACUCACCAAAGAGUAUGUGUUGUACACUAAAGGUGCAGACUACGCCAUCAUGGAGCUACUCGGUACACCGUAUGCAGAACAUCUCAGUGGGAAGCAGAAGAAUAUAGCAGCAGGUACUCAGUAUCACCUGGACUGCUACGCUAAAGAUGGGCUACGUACACUUUGCUUUACAAAGAAGGUUGUGAGUGACAAGGCGUAUGAAAGAUGGUCAGUGAACAGACUGAGAGCUCUGGCUGCUAUAGACAACAGAGAGGAGCUUGUUAUGGACAGUGCAGUGCAGCUAGAGAAAGACCUCUCGCUGCUGGGGGCGACGGGCAUUGAGGACCGUCUUCAGGAGAGUGUCCCAGACACCAUCGUGGCACUGCGGGAGGCAGGGAUCCAGGUGUGGGUGCUGACUGGUGACAAGCCGGAGACAGCUGUCAACAUCGGCUAUGCCUGCAGGCUACUGGAAGAAGAAGACCUGGUGAUUAACAUGAGCUGCAAAAACAAGCUCGAGUGCACGUCCAUCUUGGACUGCACUCUGGAAGAGGUGAGGAGGUACAGCGAGGACCCUCGCAAUGUGGGUACAACCCAAGACAUAUCUCUGGUGAUUGACGGACGCACCCUGACCAUGGCUCUGUCGUUAGACCUGCAGGACCGCUUCGUGGACCUGGCCAAGCGCUGCCGCUCUGUGCUCUGCUGUAGAGUCACGCCCUUACAGAAGAGCAGAGUGGUGAAGGUGGUCAGGGAGAAACUCAAGGUCAUGACCCUUGCUGUAGGUGAUGGUGCAAAUGAUGUCAACAUGAUCCAAGCAGCAGAUAUCGGCAUCGGGCUAUCCGGUCAGGAGGGCAUGCAGGCGGUCAUGGCGAGUGAUUUCGCUAUAUCUCGCUUCAAGCACCUGAAAAAACUUCUCCUGGUUCACGGACACUGGUGCUACACUCGACUUGCCAACAUGAUCAUUUACUUCUUCUAUAAGAACGUGGCCUACGUAAAUCUGCUGUUCUGGUAUCAGUUCUUCUGCGGCUUCUCUGGCACUGCCAUGAUCGACUACUGGCUGAUGAUUUUCUUUAACCUCUUCUUCACCUCGUUACCGCCCAUCAUGUUUGGGAUCAUGGACAAAGACGUGUCUGCAGAGAUGCUGCUGGGUGUUCCUGAACUGUACAGGACCGGACAGGGUGAAGGGGAAUACACGUUUUUAACUUUCUGGGUCUCCAUGCUCGAUGCCUUCUAUCAGAGUCUGGUGUGCUUCUUUAUUCCAUAUCUGGCUUACCAGGAUUCAGACAUUGAUAUUUUCACCUUUGGAACGCCUUUGAACACAAUUUCUUUAUUUACCAUCCUGUUGCAUCUAUCAAUAGAGAUCAAAGCCUGGACGGUGGUUCAUUGGGUAAUCAUGCUGGGCAGUGUGGCAUUGUACUUCAUUGUGACGCUUGCCUACAGCGCCAUCUGUGUCACCUGUAACCCUCCAUCCAACCCGUACUGGAUCCUCCAGAGCCAGAUGGCCGACCCCAUGUUUUACCUUCUCUGCAUCAUCACUACUGUGGUGGCUCUGAUGCCCAGGUACAUGUUUCAUGUGCUGAAGAACUCUAUCGCCCCCUCCCCGCUCGUGCAAGCCAGGCAUCUGGACCGGCUGGACCAAUCCACGCGGGACGAGUGGAUGAAGGAGUGGAGGAGCUUCAGGAGCACGAGCCCGGUCAAACGCCACAGGUUGUCUACCCCACCCACUCCCACCCUGGAGACCCCUGCGGACAUUUAUCCCCAGCCUGUCAGCCCCUCUGAUUUCAUGGAGGAUGAAUUCACACUGAAUGACCUCACAGAAAACUAUCAGAGGCCUGUACAGACAUGA